AUGAAUGAAUUGAAAGAAGAAAGAAAAGAUGAAAGGGGGGAAAUUGAGGAAAACCAAAUGAAUAAAAUAAAAAAUCUGCUCAUCGAUUUAGAUGUUUUAAUAGACAUAUCAAAAAUAGUUUUAUAUAAAAAUGAAAAUUUUGAUUUAAAUCUUAUAAAUAAUGUAAAUGAUAAAUUUGUUGAAAAAAUAUGCAAUUUGUUAGUGAACCAAAAACGGAAUAUAAUCCCCGAAGAUGAAUUGAUAAAUUUUAUUUUCUUACUAAUAAAUGAUAGAGAUGCUCGAAAAAAUGAAAGAAAAUAUGAAAAAAAUAUAGAGGGAUGGAAAAUGUUUAAAAAUAGUGAUUAUGGAUGCUCUACAAAAAAUGAAGUAAAACACCUUAUUAAAAAAAUUAAUAAAUUUUAUUUUUAUUUUAAAGACUUUAUUUUUAAGGAUAAUUUUUUAUAUGAAAAAUCGAAUGGUGAGAUAGACACAACUGAUAAGGGCAAACAAAUUGAUAGCAGUUAUUUUGAUAAUGAUUUAAGGGGGCUAUUAUAUAAUAUGGAUGGAAAUAUUGAUGAUAUAAAUUUAAUGAAUGGAUCUAUAAAAACCGGAAAAGUAAAAUAUACGAAAAAGAUAAAAUUUCCAAUAAGGAAAAUAAUUCACAGUAGUACGAGUGAAAACGAAGAUAGAGAAAACAAAAAUGAGGAAUAUGGGUUGAAAGGUUUGAAAGAAUCAGAAAGAUUUACCAACGAGUUGAAUGAAAGUAAUGAUGAAUGGGCUUUUUCGAAUUUUAUCAAUAAAAAUUAUAGAAAUCAUGUUAAAGACACCUACAAUAAUUCUAAAAAACAUCAAGAAAAAAAAGCAUUCAAGAAUGAUACUAUAUUAAGUAAUGAAAACAAAUUUGAAAUGAAUAGAUACAUAAACAAUUGUAAACAAAUCGAGAAAAAUGAUUUAUAUAAUAAUACAUAUUUAAUGACGCCAAAUAUUUAUGAGGAAAAUAACAACUACUAUUCUACUAUAAAUCUUGAUGAUACACUUACUAAUGAAUAUUAUAGCGAAGCGGAAAGGGAUAUUGCAAAAAAAAGCGGCAAAGAUAGUGACAUUCAUAAAUUUGCGAAAAAAAAUAUCGAGCAUUACGAUAGUGAAAUAUGUAGUGAAGUAGAUAGUGAAAGUGCACAUUUUGUGAAAACAUAUGGUAAAAAUAUUGAGAAUAACAAAAAAGAACAAAAUGAACAGAUUAAUAAGGCAGGAAAUGUGAAAGGUCUAAAUAAUGUAAAACGAAGUAUUAGCAUGCCAAGUAGACGAAUAAAAUGUAUUAAAAAAAAUAUAGAGGAUAAAUAUACACAAUGCGAAAAAUUAAAUAUGGAAGAUUCAGAGAACGAGUUUAAUUAUUAUGAUAAUACUAUGGUUUCAUUAUCUGAUUCUUUUUUUACAUUUUCCAAAGGAAAAAAAAAUAAAAAUAUAUUAAAAAGACGUUUGAAUAAUAAAGCGUACACAUUAACUUUAAAUAUACCUUCUACAAGAAAUAAUUUAAAAUUUGUUCAUAUAAAUGCGAAAAGCCAGAUAGAUGAAGAAAAUGAAGGAAUGGGAAUAAAAGUAUCGGCUGGUGUCUUUUUAGAGCAUUCAAAUGAUAUUUUUAGUAAACCAGACAACAUUUUUGACUUUUAUAAAAUAAAAAAUAAAUUUAAUCAGGAUAAUGAUUAUAAAGAAAAUUUUGAGAAUAAUUAUGAAACACAAAAUGAUAUGCCUAUGUUGAAAAAUAGUGAAAAUGAAAACAAUAACAUUGUUAAUUACGAGCAAUUUGAAAUAAGCAAUAAUUUUAAUAAAGAUAGAGAAAUUAUGAACAAGUCAGGUAAUAUUGGUCAAAAUGAAAAAAAAUAUUUCAAAUUUUCAAAUUAUAAUAGAAAUGUGGAGAAUGAAUUUUUGACAGAUCAUUCUAUAAAACAUUACGAAGAUGAUAAUGAUGUUUUAGUGGCAAUCAAAAAUAGUUAUAAUAAAAUUUUCAAUGUAAAAAAUGUAAGAAAGCAAAAAAAAGAAGAAAGUGAAGAUUUUGAAAAAAAUGAGAACAAAAAUAUGACUUGUUCAUAUGAUAAAUAUACAGAAAAUCAUUUUUAUGAAGAUUUUUAUGACCAUGUUAAUAAAAAUAUGGGAUAUGAAGAAUAUGAUAAUAGUAUAAAUAAGGAGCUCAAAAGAGAGAGCGAAACAUACUAUACAACGGACAACGAAAUGUUAAAUUAUUUUGACAAUAAAAAGGAUGUAAAUAGUAGUUGUUUUGAUAAAGAUUAUGAAGAUGAAAUGAACGAUAAUAAAGUAGAAAAUAAAAAUAUAUACGAAUUUGAUGAUAAUAUUGAUUAUUAUAAAAAUAUUGUGAAUAAAAUGGAGAGUAAAGAUAACGAUGAUAUAUUUAAUAGGAAAGAGGAAACUGGUUUUAAUAAAAAGAGUUUUAUUUUUUUAAAAAAUAAAAAGGAAAAAGAUACGAGAUUAGAAAAAUGGCUAAAUAAAAUAAAUUCACGAGAAAAUGAAAGGAAGAAAAGAGUUGAAGAAAAACAAAAACAAUCAAACAAAAAAGAGUUAGUAAACUGCACCUUUCAUCCAAUAUUAAACCAAAACUCAAUAAAAAAAACAAAAAUUAAAAAUAAAAUUAAUAUAUAUGAUCCAGGUAUUUCGAUUAUAGGAAAGAAAGACAAUAUACAAGAUUGUAGUAGUGAUAUAAAUAAAAUUUCUCGAUAUUAUAAAUUAAGACAAUUAGGUAGUAUAGAGAAAAAGAGAAAUAUGUCUAUAAAUACUGAUAAUAUAAUUUAUGAAGAUGAAAAAUGUAUGAACUUUGUAAAUCGUGAGGCAGAACAAAAUAGAUAUAACAGUGAUAAAUGCGUGGAAGGAAAAAAAAACAAAAUAGCUAUAAAAAAUAAUAAUAAACCUUCAGGAAAUUCUAACAACAAAAUAAACAAACAUGUGAUUAACCGAAAUGAAUUAUUAUAUUGGAAAGCUAUGAAAGGGAAAGAAAAAUUAGAAAAAAGAAGAACAAAAUUGGAAAAAGAAAAAGAAGAAGAAUUUCAAAAAGAACAUAAUUUUCAUCCAAUGAUAAACGAAAAUGUUAAAGUAUUUUUGUCUGAACAUCCACGAGGAUAUAAUAAAACUGUGGAUCGAAUAAAAAAAGGAGUUGAAGAUCAAAAAAGAGUACAUGAUUUUUUAAAUUAUAGGAAUCCUUAUCAUAAUUUAAUGAAAGAAAAUGAUGAGAGAAAAACUAUAAUGGGGAAAAAAACAACUCGUCUUUCACCAUUCAGUUUUGAUCAAGGAUUUUAUAAAGUUAAGAUAAAACCUAUUUAUUUUGAAACAAAAAUAAAAAUUUCUGAACAUAAAAUUGCAUCGUUAUCUAUCUGUGAAGAUGAAGAUCCUCUAUACAUUGUUGACAUUUUUUGUAAAGUUCAUGCAAUAAAAGAUGAGGAUAAAAUAGUAUUAUAUGAGUAUAUACUUGAUGAAUUAAGCAAAGCAAAACUUAAUGAUUAA